UCCACCAAUGCCACUGCGUUGGUCAGACACCUUGAGUGCAGUUUUUUGUUCUGAUAUUGUAAUAUUUUAGCCAAAGUGGGGCAGUUCCAGGCAGAGAGCUUGGGUGAUGUGCUGUGUUCCACUGCAGAGGGGCUGGAAAUGUGCUGGUUGGAGGUUUGGGCAAGGAAAGGAAUGUGUUGUCAUUACAGACAGUUGUGUUAAUCACUGAGCUGAGAUGGAGCAGUGGCUGGGAGCAGCAGCCAUGCCAACUUCAGUCCUAAAGAACAUUUUCUGCAGAAGGUGAAAUCCCAAAGGCACUGUGUCCCACCACCAUGCCAGCAAGUGCUGGCAUCCAUCAGCUUGUUAAAGGUGAUUGACUGUGACUUCACCUGCCAGGAGAGCAGGGAGCAGAGCAGAAAGUACAAGAGGAGAUUAAAGAUCAGCGAGCAAUUUCCAUUGGCUGCCUUAAAAUUGCAGCGUGGUAAUUAGGCAGCUCACAAAUAGCUCAGCUCUCUGCCUGCCUGCUCAGAUUGAAACCUGUCACCACUGUGAGGAGCUGAACUUGGCUGCGAGGGAGCAAAAGGAAAAGCCAUGCAGGGACCGAGACCAGUGGUUCUGAGUGGCCCAUCAGGUGCAGGGAAGAGCACUUUGAUAAAGAAAUUGUUUAAAGAUUAUGAGAACAUCUUCGGCUUCAGUGUCUCUCAUACAACGAGGCAGCCAAGACCCGGAGAAGUAAAUGGCAAAGAUUACCACUUUGUGACCAGAGAAGAAAUGAAGAAAGAAAUCGAUGCUGGUGAAUUCAUUGAGCACGCAGAGUUCUCAGGAAAUAUGUAUGGGACGAGUAAAGGUGCAGUGCAGGCUGUUCAGGCCAAGAACCAGAUCUGCAUCCUGGACAUUGACAUCCAAGGCGUAAAGAACAUCAAGAAGACAGACCUGAACCCCAUCUACAUCUCGGUGCAGCCUCCGUCCAUAGACGUCCUGGAAAAAAGGCUGCGUGACCGACAGACUGAGACAGAAGAAAGUCUACAGAAGCGUUUGACUGCAGCCCGUGUAGAUUUGGAACUUAGUAAAGAGCCUGGCCUCUUUGACUUGGUCAUUAUUAAUGAUGAUCUAGAAAAAGCCUAUUCAGAACUGAAGGAGCAGCUCCUGAAGGAAAUCCAGAAGGCCCAAGAAUCCAGGAAGUCCUGAGCCGAGCCUGCCUGGACGUUUUAACUUGAUCACAUCAUUCCUGAGCCACAUCACAGCAUUUCAUUCCAAGAGACA